AUGGCUCCGAUUGCUGUCGAGCACACUGCUGAGACUCCCGUGGUCUCAACCAAGGUCCCCCAACAGCCUCCUACCACCAAUGACACAAAGCCCUCGAUAGCACGAUAUGAUGCCAACGACCCGGCAACCACGACUGAUCUGUUGGUGUCGGUGCUUGAGCGCGACGGUGGUGUCAUUGUUGGAAACUUAAUUACCAAGGAUCUGGCUAGCCAAAUCAAGGGCGAGCUCAAACCAUAUUUCGACACGGACAAAGUCGACCCUUCAGGAUUCUUUCCACACACGACGCAAAGAGCCACCGGUCUCCUAGCCCGUUCGGACGGUUGUGUUGAGCUCGCCAUGAAUCCCACUUACAUCAAUGUGGCCAACAAGAUGGUUUCUUCCACAUACACCUAUUGGAACGGGCAAAAACAAGAAACGGUGUACAGCAAACCCAUUAUAUCCUCGACGGUGGGAUUUCGAGUCAAUCCGGGGGGAAGACAACAAGCACUGCAUCGGGAUGAUGGAGACUAUCACACUCGCAACUGUGAUAUGCCGAUGAUGUUGGGCUGUGUGACGGCCUUGACUAAAACGACGAAAGAAAAUGGAGCCACCAUCGCCAUUCCUGGGUCUCAUCUCUGGGGACCCGACCGAUGUCCCUAUGAUCACGAAGCUGUCCCGGCAGAAUUGGAGCCUGGUGAUGCUCUGAUUUUUGUGGGCAACCUCUAUCACGCAGGAGGUGCUAAUAUCACAACAGAUCAAGCCCGUGAAACGGUGGGAAUUUUCUUGUGCAAGCCAUAUUAUCGGCCAGCAGAAAAUCAAAUUCUGAUGGUACCCCCGGAAAAAGCUCGACGAUUGCCUCCACAAGCACAGCGACUGUUGGGAUAUGGUAUCAGUCGUCCUGCUCUGGGAUUUAUGGAGUACCAAGAUCCGAUGCGGGUGUUGUUUGGCGUGGAAGACGAAGAGACCGUUGACAUGUAG